AUGGCGGAAAAGGAAGCAACAGUCUAUAUCGUGGAUGUAGGGAUCUCCAUGGGAGAGAAGCGCAAUGGCCGAUCAAUGACGGAUCUGGAGUGGGCCAUGCAAUAUGUUUGGGAUCGCAUCACAGCAACUGUGGCCACAGGUCGCAAAACAGCCACAAUCGGUGUAAUUGGCCUCAAAACAGACGAGACCUCCAACGAGCUUGAUGAUGAUCCUCAUUUUAAACACAUAUCGGUGCUCUCUGAGAUUCAACAGUUUCUUAUGCCAGAUAUCCGAAGAUUGGAUGCAUUAAUCAAGCCGAGCAAGACUGAUAAGGGAGAUGCUAUUUCCGCCAUCAUUUUGGCUAUCCAAAUGAUCGUCACAUAUUGCAAGAAACUGAAGUACAAGCGGAAAAUUGUGCUGGUCACAAAUGGCCUGGGAUGGAUGAGCAAUGAGGAUCUCGACCAGAUAACUAAAAAAAUCAAGGAGGACAACAUCGAGUUGGUUGUUUUAGGCACUGACUUUGAUGAUCCUGAGUAUGGCUUCAAAGAGGAGGGAAAGGAUCCGCGGAAGGCCGAAAACGAAGCUCUUCUCCGCGGACUGGUUGAAGAUUGUGACGGCGCAUAUGGAACGCUGGAACAAGCUAUCUCAGAGAUGGACAUUCCACGGGCCAAGAAGGUCAGAACGGUAGCGACUUUUAAAGGAUUUCUACAACUAGGUAAUCCGGAAGAGUAUGACACUGCUCUCCGCAUUCCGGUCGAACGAUAUUAUCGGACAUAUGUGGCAAAGCCUCCAAGCGCAAGUAGCUUUGUGCUACGCUCUGACGUGGGAGCCGAAGAAGACCAAGGCGAAUCGUCUGAAGCACCAAAGUCCCCUCCCGAGGGGGGUGCUCUCACAAGCGUCAGGAACCUCAGAACAUACGAGGUCCCUGAUGAGAAUGCUCCUGGGGGUAAAAUCGACGUGGAGCGGGAGGAACUAGCCAAGGGGUACGAAUACGGACGGACGGCAGUACAUAUCAGCGAGACAGACGAGAACAUCACCACCCUCGAAACAUACGCAGCAUUGGAACUCGUUGGGUUCAUCCAAACUGACAAAUAUGAUCGCUAUAUGCACAUGUCGACAACCAACAUUAUCAUCGGGCAACGUGGCAAUGAUAAAGCCUCACUGGCGCUCUCAUCCUUCAUUCAUGCUCUCUUUGAACUAGAGUGCUAUGCUGUAGCUCGAUUGGUGAUCAAAGAGAACAAGCCUCCCGUCAUGGUGUUGCUUGCUCCUUCAAUUGAACCUGACUACGAGUGCCUCCUUGAGGUCCAGCUACCAUUUGCCGAAGACGUCCGAACGUAUCGUUUCCCCCCUCUGGAUAAGGUAAUCACUGUCUCUGGCAAAGUAGUAACCGAGCAUCGAAAUCUGCCGAACAAAGAUUUGCUUGAUGCAAUGAGUGAAUAUGUGGACAGCAUGGAACUUGUUGAUACCGAUGAGGAUGGGAAUCCGGUAGAGGGUCUUCCCAUCGAGGACUCAUUUUCGCCGGUAUUACAUCGCAUUGAUUCUGCGAUCCGUUACCGUGCCAUACACCCAGAUGAUCCAGUGCCUCCGCCUUUAAAGAAUCUAACAAAGCUUUCUCAGCCGUCAGAAGACCUCGUAGAGAAAUCCAAGGCUUAUCUACAAAAGCUUCUGGAGGCCGCUGAUGUGAAAAAAGUACCGCCCAAAGUCAAAGGACGCAAGCGUGUUCGUGAGAGCGAGAAACCGCUUUCUGGUCUCGACGUUGAUGCUUUGCUCCACCAAGAGAAACGCGCUAGGAUCUCUCCAACAAACGCGAUCCCCGAGUUCAAACAGACUCUGACACAGGCAGAAACCAUCGAGACGAUCAAAGACGCCGUGAAGCAGAUGACAUCGAUCAUCGAGGAUCAAAUCAAGAAUAGUCUUGGCGAUGCGAACUAUGACAGGGUUGUCGAGGAGAUGGGAGUAAUGCGGGAUGAGCUCGUUUCGUUCGAGGAGCCCGCGUUGUACAAUGAGUUCCUAAGGCAGCUGAAAGACAAGUUGUUAAAGGAGGAACUAGGUGGUGAUCGGCGAGAACUUUGGUGGCUACUUCGACGCAGUAAGCUGGGGCUGAUUAGCCAGCGUGACUCUGAUCAGUCAGAUGUGACUGAGGAACAGGCGAAGGAGUUCCUGUCGGCACAAUCUGACAAAUCUUGA